AUGGCGGCGACUAACAACGUCCCCGUGACUCUGGACACGCCCAUCGUCGUCAAGGUCCUGUUCCGCGGCCAGACGAAGAAGUUCAAGCUGCCGUUGAAGGAUCUCGGAGCUCACGUGUUGCCCGACAAGCUCCGCAGUGUUCUUCAGCUUGAAGCCGGUGAGCAGGUCGUCUUUGAGCGCUAUUCCGACUCAGCCGCGUCGUAUGUCACCCUCGACGCCGACAAGCCCCAGGUCUACAAGACGCUCUUCCGCGCCGCAAAGGCGAAGCUCAAGUUGCGUCUGAGGGCCACCGUCCCCGGCGAAGAGCCCGUGGCUGCGCCCGCACCUACACCAGCGCCAAACCACGUCGUCCGACACUACCAGCCCACUGCCCACCCCGUGAGCACCGAGACUCUCACUCCACUGGGCGGCGCUCCCGUCUCUCCGGUCAUUGCCCGCUCCCCAGAAAUCAAGCCCACCGAAAGCACCAGCCCUGUAUCGCCACCAACGACAGUAGAUGCUGACGGCGAGGCUCCCGUACCGCAGGCCUUCACUGCUCGUCAGAGCUUCUUCAACAACCUCGCAACUGCGAACUACAACUCCGGUCUCGCAUUCCGCCCCAAGCCGAGCAACGCGUGCACUUCGUGGGUCGUAUACUGCAACAACUGCAACGAGCCCAUGGAGGACGAGCACUUCCACUGCAGUGUAUGCGACGGUGGUGAUUACGAUCUCUGCCCGGCCUGCGUAGACAACGGCAUCCACUGCCCCGGAAGCGGACACUGGAUGGUCAAGCGCUUCGUCAAGAACGGCAGCGUCGUCAACAGCACCACCCAGCGCAUCGCACCCAAGGUCAAGGCCGAGACCGAGGAGCCCCAACAACAGGAGAUUCCAGGUGCCUUUACCGAUGAGAAGCAGUCCGUCACAUACGAAGAGGAGCCAACCCGCACCUGCAACUGCUGCGUCAAGGUCCUCCCCGAGAAGGAAUUCGUUACCUGCGUUCCUUGCGAAGACUACGACCUCUGCCUCACUUGCCAUGUUAGCAACAAGCACGGUCACCACCCUGGCCACACCUUUAAGCCUGCCACGUCUGAGACCGUUCUGCCAACCCUGGCCGAUUUCUUGUGCAACUCUGGCAGGAACGUCCGCCACAACGCCGUCUGCGAUGGCUGCGACAAGUUCAUCUACGGUGUCCGUCACAAGUGCUUGAACUGCCCAGACUGGGACUACUGCUCCGACUGCCUCAAGAACGCCAAGUUCAUCCACCCCCGUCAUCGCUUUGUACCCAUCUACGAGCCAUUGGCUGAGCCUCUGAACAGCGCAAACCGCCACUACGGCAUCUACUGUGAUGGUCCUCUCUGCAAGGACAAGGAGAAUCUGUCGUACAUUGACGGCGUCCGCUACAAGUGCGCUGUUUGCCACGAUACCGACUUCUGCCAGAACUGCGAGGCCCAUCCCAGCAACAAGCACAACCACACCCACCCGCUGAUCAAGUUCCAGACGCCUGUGCGCAGCGUUAGCGUUACUACACUCAACGACGACAAGCAGCGUAAGUCGAUGGCUAGACUCGGCGACCGCAUGUGCGAUAGGCGAUCUACCUCAACUGAGACUGCCCCAGUCGCUCCUUCCACCAAUGCUGCGACCCAGGUCCAGACCAUUGUCGACGUGAAGCCCUCCGCCGAGCCCCAGGUCAAGAAGGAGAAGAUUGCUAUUCGUGAUCUCCUUGUCGACUCUGUUGAGCCGGUACAAGAGAAGCCUGCCGUACCUGUUCAGAUCAAGGCGCCAGUCAAGACCGAGGCUAUUCCCAUUCCUAGGUCAGAGACUGCUACCGAGGGCCUCGACGCGCACUUCAUCCGGGACACCAUCAUUGAUGGCUCCAAGAUCUGUGCAGGCCACCAGUUUGUUCAGGUCUGGACUCUUCGCAACCCUGGCCCCAACGCAUGGCCGCGCGGCUGCAGCGUCCGACAUGUUGGCGGUGACAACAUGCUCAACAUCGACAACACCCGACCUUUGAGCCACGUUGAGCUUGCUGAAGCUAGCGAGAGCAACGUUCUUGGCCACACUGUCGAGGCUGGCGAGGAAGCCCAAUUCCGUGUUCUCAUGAAGGCACCCCAGCGCGAGGGCACUGCCAUCUCCUACUGGCGCCUGAAGACCCCCGAGGGUAUGCCCUUCGGCCAUCGCCUCUGGUGUGACAUUGCAGUCGUUGCCGUGCCCUCGCCUGUCGCCGCUCAGCCAGCUAUCCCCAUGCCAGUCCAGGUUCCUACUCCCGCAUCCGGCUCAGCCACCACGUUCGAGGUGGCUCCUAGGUCGAACCCUCUGUACGACCGCCUCCUACAGGCCAGGGCUGAGCGCAUGAAGCAAAUGCAACACACUCAGCAACAACAACUGCAGAAGAUGAAGGAUGCACACCACUCUCUGCAGCAACAGCUGGAUCAGCAGAAGAUGGAGCGUGUUCAGCGUGUACGCAAGGCUGCCAUGGAGCGUCUUAUGGAGGGCCGCCGCAAGGUGCACGAGGAGGCGAACCGUCGCAAGGAACACGAGGCUGCCCUUGCUACUAUCAAGCAGGAGCCUGUUGCUGCUCCCAAGGAGGAGGUCAAGGUCGAAGAGCCAGUUGCCGAACUCCCAGUCGAGGAGAAGCAGUCUGCAUCUGAGCCCAUCGCUUCCGGCAUGAUCUUCCCUCAGCUUGACAAGGAGUCUCCCGAGUCCAGCACUUACGAGUCAUCUACCACAGCUCAGCCUGCCUCCCCAUCUGAGAAGAGCACCGUUGCACGCACUGUCACCGUGGCUUCAGAUGACGAGUUCUUCGAGGAUGCUGAGAGUGUCGCCCUUAUGUCAGACGAUGGCUUCAUGACCGAUGAGGAGUACGACAUCCUCGAUGCCAGCGAUGAAGAGAUGCAGUAG